AGCUGGGUAUAUACUGAAGCAAUGCAGGCUAAGUACGGCAGUGUCCUACCCGGGGAAUCGAACCGGUUACAGGACCAGCUCCUUAGUCAUUAUACUACACCGCCGCCGGUACCCAUUAUACCCGCCGCCCUAGAUGACUGGACGUCUGCGUAUGGCAAAUCACAUGACUUUACGAGCCUGCGGCCGCAUGAUCAGACAGAAGAUAAAAGGAACGUCUGACGGGAAACAAGUGCUACCACCUGUACCAGGGAGCGCUUGUGCAAUCUGCGCUUUCAGUUUCAAUAUGACCCUGGAGUGUCUCAUGCCUGUCAUCUGUUGUCUGACAUUAGCAAAUCUGUCCCGGAAGUAAGAUUUCAGAAAAUCCUGUUUCAAGAUAUCAAUCACGUCAUCCCCUGUUCUUCCCCUCUAAAUUUCCACAGUUUAUUGCGAUAAAAUAAAUGCCUGCUCAUGCUGUACAUAAAUAGAUAUUUGCACUCAGUAGAUUCAGAGUAGGUAAUCUAUUUCCCCCUUGUAUCUUGAACCCAUGCAUAGACAUCAUGGUCUAGGAGUAUGCAUUUAAGCGCGGUUGCCCCUAGUUGAUCAUGUUUUUUCUUUAGAAUUGCAUGCCAGCAUCCCCUUAGUAACUGUUCUUCAUGAAACAUCAGCUAGUUCAGCAGUCUUAGUCACUGGUGCUCCUACCACAACAAUCAGCUGGAACCGCAAGUUCAUUGUGAAAUUUGCUAUGUUUUUACAACGCUCCUCGAAAGAUUGUUUCAGGGAAAUAUAUAAAAAUUCACGUCUCUUUAGAUCAAAGGACUGGGUCAGUUGGUUUUCUUUCUGCUUGAAAAAUCAGUUUCCACCGGACCCAAUAAAUUAAAUGCAUUUGGAAGUAAAAAUACAUAGAACUUCCAGAAUGUUAUGUCCCUGCUUAGGACAUACAGGAUUUAAAAAAAUUUAAGGGAAGCACGGACAGACAAACAGCUAGAAUAUGGAACUUUAGGAAUAAACUCACAGACUCUGGCACAUAAAGCAAAACCACUCUGUGGUGGAUGUUUUAUUCCAUUAACAUCUUGAACCAUGAGCCAUGCAGCUCCUGCUGCACCUCACUCUCUCCCUAGAAACUACAUUUUCACCUAUUUUUACCAAUCACAAUGCAAUGUUUACCCGCGGCCAUACUAAGUUUGUUUACCAUUAUGAAAUAUAACCAAUCCUAAAAUGGGGUUAGUUCACCACGCAGAAAUUUCGCGAUGACGAAAUGAUGCGGAAGUCAGAGGUGAGGGUAGUUACUUAGGGUGCGCUGUGGGUUUUUCUGCAGCCUGCUGAGCUAAUCAUACUUACAUAGUCUAAGUAAGAAGGUGCGGAAAUGAUUACACAAUACAGAACAUGACUAAUACCAUGUGAUGGCAACUCCCCCGUCUAGCAGGAACUCCUUUUUUGGAAGUGGACCUGCAGUUUAGUGCAGUUUACCACCUGGAGUCUGAACUGCUUUACAUAACAGAGGGAGGCAGGCAGGUGUGCUUCAAAAUUCUCUUUCUCUGCCCGGUGACACAUUAUUUUGCCAUGUUCUCCCCCAUUUGUGCUUCGGACCCCUCUCAAACAGGGAUGUCACGGGCCAGAAACAGGGCCCUUGUCGUUUCGGUGGUGGCCUUUGACCGUGGAGUGGAUCUACCUGCAAGGAAAGGAGCUAAACGUGACACCAAGAGGCUCCACAAAGUCCUGACUCGGCUGGGCUUCCAGGUGGACUUCCAUACGGACCCCACCGCCGAGGAGAUCUACCAGCUCUUUAAAGAAGCAAGCGAGGGCCCCGUAGCGGACUGUUUCGUGGGGGUCCUGUCCAGCCACGGGGAGGAGGGUGUGGUUUUCGGGGCGGAUGGGGGCGCCGUGAGGCUGGCGCGGAUCUUCAGCUGUUUCGAAAGCCCCGCAAUGGUCGGGAAAACGAAACUUUUCUUCAUACAGGCCUGUCGUGGGGUCGAGCUAGACAGCGGGGUGGAGGUAGAGACGGACUCGGCACCGGGGAGGGCAGCGGCGGAGGAAGAGGACAACGUCUCUCACUACCUCUCCAUCCCCAUUGACACCGCUGUCAUGUUUGCCACGCCCCCGGGUUACAGUGCCUUCAUGCACCUGACGGGCUCGGUCUUCCUCCAGACGCUGUGCGACCUCCUGGAGGAGGAGGGGGGGCGGAGCCUGGAGGUCACACGGCUGAUGACGCGGCUGAACUUCCGCGUGGCGUACCGGUUCCAGGCGCGCGGCGGCCAGCUGGCGGGGAAGAAGGAGAUGCCCUGCUUCGUCUCCCGCCUCACCCGCCAGGCCUUCCCCUUCGCCGACGCCGGAGGGGCGGAGCCGGCCCGCGCCAAAGACCUCCAGGGCCUGAACGCCACGGUGUUGAUCGCCACUUCCACCAGGCCCAGGAAACAGUCCAUCAGCUGAGCGUUUCCCUCGGGGGGGCCCCCCGGGGCCCAGGGCCAGGGGCCUCAGCACAGGCCUAGCAGCUGCACCCCAGUUAGGAGCCUGUAUCACGAAGCAGGAUUACUGAGUUAGCUGGAUAACUGCACUAAAACCCGGAACGGCUCUCUGUACUUCCAUUCAGUCCACGUUCCUGAUCUGGGAGGGCUCCGGGUUUUACUCGGCGCAGUUAUCCUAACUCCUAAUAAUCUCCUAAUAAUCCUGCAUCACGAUACAGGCCUCUGGAGACCUACUGGGCAAGCAGGGCUCUGUUGUUUUUCAACAAUAGCUGUCAUACGGGUGCUGUUUUAUGUACAUCUGGGAUCUGUAUCACGAAGCAGGAUUACUGAGUUAGCUGGCUAACUGUGCUGAGUAAAGACCUGUAUAACGAAGCAGGAUUACUGAGUUAGCUGGCUAACUGCACCGAGCGAAACCCGGACAUUCCUCCUUCAUGAUACAGGCCCCAAACGUGCGUAUAACAGCACCCAAACCACAGCUCCCGAAAACACUUUCAUCGCCCAUAGAAACCCCAGCGGGAUUCUUCCACCUCAAACAACGCUUUUUGUUGAAGCGUCUCGUUUGUACAUGGUUUGAUGGCAAAACAGCUGCAUUUGGAAAUAUGAAUUUGUACUGUAAUCGUUUGUGAAUGUUUACCGAAUCGCAUUAUGAGGAGCUGCAUUUUCCAUUUACAUGAAGCAGGAACGUGAGCUAUACCCCACAAUUCACAUGAUAAAGACAUUAAUAACUGUUUUUACAGUAAAGUGCAAUUUAAAAUAUAUGUACAUUAAAAUAUACGUUCACCACAGUAGCCAAAGUAGGGACAUGGUGACUGAAGUCAAGAGUUUACAAUUUGGUUUUAUUGUAUUUUUUAAAUCUUUUUUAUUUGUUGGUAUGUUUCAAUAUUUUUUCAAGUUCUUUGGGAUGGGAUGAGAUGCACAAAGGAGGGAACUUUGCUUCUGCAUCUAUGUGGAUAUCCUUCAAUAAACUAUGUAUUUAAAUAUG